AUGGGCCGGUUGUUCAUCGUGUUUCUAUGCGUAGGGCUCGUGAUUACUGGUGGUAUCAAUUCAUUGUUCACCAAGUACCAGGACAAUCAGUGUGUAAGAGAUUGUGAUGGAAACUCUCCAGUUUUUUUCAACCAGCCGGUGUUACAAACGCUGCAAAUGUUUAUCGGAGAAAUGACGGUGUUGAUAGUGUUUUGGGGCCAAAAGAAGAAUGCACCAUUGCUCGACGCUGGCAUUCCUGCGAAACCUGCGAUAAAGGGCAGGCAAUACGGGUUACUGGCUCUGCCAGCAAUUUGUGAUAUUGUUGCAACGACCAUGCUAAAUUUGGCUCUGGUGAUGAUCCCAGUAUCAAUUUACCAGAUGAUAAGAGGUGGUAUUGUGUUUUUCGUGGCGCUCUUUAGUGUGUUGUUUCUUGGCCGCAAAGUUAGUCGUCUUGAGUGGACCUCCCUUGCUGUUAUAGUCCUUGGGGUAGGCGUUGUCGGGUACAGCGGUCAAGGUGUUACUGCAGCCGAGACAUCCAAGUCCAAGCAUGGAACAGAAUCAUUGUUUUUGGGUGUUUGUUUGAUUGUACUGGCUUUAAUAUUCAUGGCAACGCAGUUCAUCGUUGAAGAGCAUAUUAUGGCCCGUAGGCAAGUCAUUCCGGUAAGCCUUGUUGGUUUCGAGGGUCUCUUUGGAACUCUGAUUACAUUUGGCAUUCUACUAUUUGGUGAUAUUCUUUCUGGUCAUAACAAAGUUGACUCUAGUGUCAACAUGAGUCAGGCUUUUGUGGACCUGUUCUCCAAUAAUAAGGUACUGUAUUCUUCAGUGGCUAUCAUGGUGUCAAUUGCUUGCUUCAACUAUUUUGGAACGUCCAUUACCAAAAAUGUAAGCGCCACGUCAAGAAGCACUGUGGAUACCUGUAGGACUAUGUUGGUGUGGUUGGCGUCACUGGCGCUAGGCUGGGAGUCUUUUAGAAGCCUCCAACUUCUCGGGUUUACUUUAUUGGUUUUUGGUACCUUGGUGUUUAAUGGAGCUAUUGAAAUUCCCGACAAGUACUUGCCUCAAGUUUUGCUCGAGGAUAAAGCUGGUGAAUACGAUCGACUAAUCGACACCAUUGACGAAGAAGUGGAAAGAUUCUGA